UGGGGCCGCGCCCGGGGAGCGCUCGGCGGGGCGCGGCCGAACCGGAGCAGCAGCGCCCCGGCCCCGCUCCGGGACAUCAAUAACUUCAUUGUCUGCAGUGAGGUCUGCACCUGAUUGUCCAGUAUCCUCAGGAGCAGAUCCUCAAUGUCACUGUUGGGCUGCUGGCCUUGCUGCUGGUAACUGGCUGUCACCUCUGUGGCUUCUGGGCUGGAAGGAUUUGGUUGUGUGCUCACAGCAGGUGACAGGACCAUGGGUGACACACAGAAGGGCAGCCUUCAUCAGGAGAGUUUAAUGAGAGCUGAACUCCAUCUGUGCCCCUCCAGGAAGGUCACAGGAGACUCCUUCCAGGACCACAAGCAGGAGCUGGAAAGAGAGAUGGAGACAUGUUUUCCAAAGAGACAGGGAAUGGUACCUCCUUCUGGGAUGGAAGUCUGGGAGUGCAAGGAGAGUGGUAAGGCCCACAUCAGCAAGGCUGUCCUUGCUGGUGAUGAGCCAGACCUGCCCAUGUGUGGGAACAGUGCUGUUUGGAUUCGGCAGGUGGGAGAGAAAACCUACAAGUGUCCCGAGUGUGGGAAGAGCUUCAGCCGCAGUUCAUACCGGAGCCAGCACCAGAGGAUCCACCUGGCACAGAGACCCUUUGGCUGCUUGGAAUGCGGGAAGAGUUUUACCCGCAAGUCAGACCUGAUCAAACACCAGCGGAUCCACACGGGGGAGAAGCCCUACCAGUGCAGCCAGUGCCACAAGACCUUCAGCCAGAGGUCAAAUGUGAUCAGGCACCAGCGCACCCACACGGGAGAGAGACACUACCUGUGCAAGGAGUGUGGGAAGAGCUUCAGCCAGAAGUCACAUCUCAUUGUCCACCAGCGAAGCCACAAGGGUGAGAAACCCUUUAAUUGCCCGCGGUGUGAGAAAAGCUCCAGCGAGCGCUCCUCCCUGAUCAUCCAUCGGAGGGUGCACAGCGGAGAGAAGCCCCACAAGUGCCAGGAGUGUGGGAAGCAUUUCCGGGACAGCUCAGCCAUCAUUCGGCAUCAGAGGAUUCACACGGGGGAGAAACCCUACAAGUGCACUGAGUGUGGGAAGACUUUUGGGCAGAGCUCCUCGCUGGUGACCCACACGCGAACGCACACGGGUGAGAGGCCCUACAGGUGCCCCGUGUGCGGGAAGGGCUUCAGCCAGAGCUCGGCACUCAGCACUCACCGCCGGAUCCACGUGGGAAAGGCCCUGCCCGUGUGCCAGGGCCUGCCCAGCCCCUUCCAGUGCAUGGAGCGUGGCCGGAGGUGCAGCAACCUCUCGGCUCUGCCCAAGCACCACAGCCUGCAUGGCAAGGAGCGGCCCCACAUCUGUGUGGAGUGUGGGGACAGCUUCCACCGGAGCUCAGCUCUCAGCGUGCACCUGAGGAUCCACCAUGGCCAGACACCCUACGGGUGUGAGGAGUGUGGGAAAACCUUCCGGCACAGCUCAGCCCUCAGUGCCCACCUGAGGAUCCACGCGGAAACCGAGCCCUACGAGUGUGGGGAGUGUGGGGAGUGUGGGAAAACCUUCCGGAAAAGUUCAACAUAUAAAGCGCAUUUGAAAAUCCACACUGCCAAGAACCCUUAUAAUAAAUGUCUGGUGGGUGGAAGAAUCCUCACCUCCCACUCGCUUCUGCCAUAAGCCUGGAGUGGAUGUUCAGAGCAGGAAUAUAAGUAGUUUCCCUGGAAAAUCCCUGGAAAAAUCAUAGGAAAAAUCCCUGGGAUAAUCACUGAGAAAAUAUUUGAGAAAAUCAUGGAAAA